UUAUCCUUUAAAUAAUUGAUUUCAAUCUAAUUUAAAUAAUGGAAAGACAGAUCGAUUUCAUAAAAAACAUAAAUUAAUUAAUUAGCUUAUUAAAAGAAAAUUAACUACUGAUGAGAGAUAAAUAAUAAUAAUUUCUUACUUAGGUUGUAGUCGUCUUGAUAAUAAUAGCUGCUGUAUGCAUUAUCUAUGAAAAGGCAGAUAAUAAUUACUCUCUUAAACUAAACAGGGUGUUAUAAUAAACUAAAUCUUCUAAUUAUUAGGUUGGCAUUCCUAUAGUCUAAUCUUUAAAAAACUAAGAAUGGGUAGAAGUAUUUAGAGAUGAUUUCAAUGGUACCAAAUUAAACACUACUAUAUGGACUGCUCGCAACAACAUGACUCAUGGAAGCUGGGAACAGUAGCUCUACUAAUCAGAUGAUGUUUAUGUAGAAAACGGAAAUUUAGUUCUCAGGACUAGAUUUAAUCCUUAAAAGUAUAUUCCUAGUGGAAGACUAUACAACUAUACUUCUGGUUGGGUUGAUAGUUAAGGAAAAUUUUCUUACAAGUAUGGCUAUGCUGAAGCUAGAAUAUUAUUCUCAAAAAUAGUUAAAAAUGACCCUAUCUGGCCUGCAUUCUGGAGCAUAGGAGAAAAUACCUACUGGCCAAAUGGAGGAGAAAUAGACACAAUGGAAAUGAGCACCCAAUGGGGUACAAAUGGGAACCCUAAAAUAUGGGGCACUUAUCACUGGGGUAAAACUGACUAAUGCAAUGGGUGUGGAUCUUAAUUUACUGGAAAUCUUGAUUUUUCUGAAUAUCACACUUAUACUACAGUAUGGAACGAAACUUAAAUCUAUUGGUAUGUAGAUGGAAUUCAUUAUAAAACUAAUGUCAAUGGUACCACAUAUCCAAAUACUAAAUCUCCUCUGAUUCUCCCAAAUUAUAGUUAAUACUUUAUUAUUAAUGAUGCUUUGUGGGGUACACCAGAACCUAAUCCAAGUGAUUAUCCUAAAUAUAUGUAUAUUGACUAUGUUAGAGUACUUUAAACUAAAGAAACCUUUGAGAAGUAAUAAAAAAAAUGAUGAAGACCUUUAAAAAAUAAUUAAAAACCUGAAUUUUCAUAUAAAAAUUAUAAAAAAUAUUAUGAAAAAAUUAUUAAAUGCUUGAAGUAGAUCAUUCAUUAUAUAUUCAUUCAAAUUUACUUUAUUUUAAUAAUAAUUUAGUAGUUAUUUUGAUUAUUUUUCUUCUUAAAAAUUUUAAUUAAUUAUGUUUUCAUUUCUUAUUUAUUAAUUUAAAUAUAUUUAUCAACACUAAAAUAUUAUGUAAAAACUCUAUUUUUAAUUUUUUUCUUUUUGUAUUUUUUUUAUUGUGAGAGGCA